GAGGACCAUGAACUAUUUUUUUAUCUAUCUUAAAUGAAACUUAAAAACUUAUUUGGGCCUAGCUGGUGAGAAACAUGCAUUUUAAUUUUACAGAAGAAAUAAUGAUUAAAUACCUGAAGUUAUAAUAUUUAAAGUCAGUAGACGGAUUUAAAUUUCUUAUUCUAGAGCUGACACUUUUUUCUUCUUUUUUUUGUGGAAACUCAGAAAAGGUUAAAACUGCCUAUAUGUAUAUGACAUAUACUACAUUCAAAUGGAGCCAAUGGAAUAUGACUCGGAUGGCAGUCCUGGCCACAAAUGGCAUUCAUCACCAAUGCAGCACUCUGGAUGGGAUGAAGAAAUGCACCCAUCAUCAUGUUCACAACAUUCUGGUGAGAACACAUUGGAUGACAACCACUCCCAGUCUUUAUCACCUCGCUCAAGAUGGAUGUUAUGCAGGAACGUGAUUUCAUCAGUUACUGGUUUUGGAUAUGGCCUACAACAGACUGUAGGUUCUUCAUCAUCUUUUCUAAAAGGUGAUGUCAAGGAUUCAACAUCAUGUGUCAAAGAAUGUUCUCCACGGUCGAAAUGGAAUACUUCCUCCAACAUUGUGUCUGCUGUAAGAGCGUUUGCAGGAUUGAAAUCAGUUAAUCAGGACAGUGCUAGAGAUAAUGUACUGACCUCUGCUUCUUUGUUCAGAUCUGACAGUUUGGGAUUUGUUCCGUCUGAACCAAUCUAUCCAGAUCUGUCAUCUUUCAUGGCAGGCGGAGAUCAGGACAAAGAUGUUUGUAUGGAAUAUAAUGCAAUACGGUCUUCAAAAAGCAAGGAUGUCUUGUCCACAAAGAGAAGGAAGCUUGAACCUGCAUGCUCGGUGACUGAUUCUCCCAUUAGGAAGUUGUGUGAGUCAUCCGUUAAAAAGAGGAAUAAACGAGUGAAGACAGCUACGUCUAAUGAAACUAAGACAUCAGCAUCCACUGUGUCAGAUGAACGGAAAGCAAGAUCCUACACUAGAGUCUUUCUGUUGGUCACUGUUAUGAUUUGUGUUAUUAUUAUCUUCUUGAAUUACUACACAGUGGGAGUGUCCAACUGUUCUCUGUCCACGGACAUCAACUUCUCAGACCUGCACUCGGUGAUCAGAAAAGACUUGUACGGUCAACACAUUGCUUCACAGAUUAUAUCAGCUGAACUAGAACAGUAUUUUUCAGAGUAUUCCAAUUCAGUGAUGGCGACUAGACCAUUGGUGCUUUCUUUGCAUGGGUGGACGGGAGUUGGAAAAAACUACGUUACUUGGUUGAUUUCAAAUUCUUUACCUGCCACAUCCGUGACCAAAUUUCUGAUAGCGUUACAUUUUACACACGAGUCAGAAUCUGAUAUUUAUUCCAAAAAGGUCUUUCAGUGGGUCAUAUCUAACGUGACCCAGUGUAAAGUUAAUAUUUUUAUAUUUGAUGAGAUGGACAAAGCACCCAAAGGCGUGAUAUCGGGACUAAGUGCUGCAAUAUCCCAUCUUUCAACAACAGACAAGAAGUCUGCUCCUGUAGUCAUUUUCUUACUAAGCAACAGUAAGGGGACUGACAUCACUAAGAAGAUUUUUACUGAUGAGGCUGAAAAGGAGAGGAAAUCCUAUACAGCUAAAGAUUUUGAAGAUAUAUUUUUGCAAGAUGAAUAUAUUUGGUAUUCUGAUAUGUUGUCUAAUAAUUUAAUCAAAGCUGUAGUUCCCUUUCUUCCCUUGGAAAGAAGACAUGUCAUCAAGUGUAUCAAAAGGGAUAUUUUAUCAAAGGGUUACGAAAUUAAUGACAGCUUAGUAGAUGAGAUACUGAAGGAGAUGUCAUUCUUUGUGGUGGCAAAUCGUAAACAAUAUUCUCAGAGUGGUUGCAAGAGGGUUUCGGAAAAAGUUGAUCUUGUAUACACAUGAUUUCAUUAGAUGUAUAAUAAUGUAAAACCUGGUUUGUAUGUUUGAAACAGAUAAAAUAUUUUGUUUAGUAAA